AUGCAAGUAGCUCACGAACUUUCAGAUUUCCAGGAUGGUAAAGAACGCAUUUUAGUUUUAAAAGAUUCGAGCAUUCUCGAAAACGCAGAAGAAGGUGAUAAGCUAGUUUCUAUACAGAUUGAAGAACAAAAAAGACUCAAAAAGAAUUUAGAAAAUAAAAAGAAAAAACCUAUUUAUACUGGUUAUGAUGACGAAGAAUUUAAUUUUG